AUGCGAUUAGGCUCAUUACGCACACUUAGCGUUCCGUUACAGGAUGAGCCGUCUUGGGUGACCGGAAAUCGGGUUGGCUCUGCUGUUUAUGAAAUUGUACACGGACAUAAUUUCGGUGCUUAUGAUAUUACUGGCAGAACCUAA